AUGCCUACGAGUGACCCUCUUAGUCCGAGUUCACUAGCUCCCCUGGUGCGAAAGGACGACGACUUGCAGCAGGCUGCCAAGGUCAUGUUUGGCUGGACUCAAUCAGACCGGCCCAUCGAAGACUCCCUUGGUCACAUGAAACGCAUCGUCGACCUCUGCCAGGACGAAGCAUCAUGGUCGGGUAACAAGAGGUGGAAACAGGUGGUAGCAACCUACGAGUCCUGUGGAGCUAGUACAGAUGCUGUUCAAGACCUCCUGGACGCGCGAGAGCCCUUCUGGACGCAUUCUCGUGUCAAGCAUGCAUCGACUACCUUGGCCACACCCAGGGCUCUGGCUGAGUCGAUACGCAUCAUGGUGGCUGAGAGUGAGAGGGCCAACGGCCACUACCUUGACAGAGAGGCCAGGCAUCAGCUCAUGCAGGCCGUCGAGCGAGUCUUCCCUCACACUCAGCCUGUCGUUUUCGUACCAGACAGCCCGAACCAACUUAUCUUUGAACCAGUGACGCACAACCGAGUGCCCGUCGCACCUGUCGCGCAGAUGAACAAGAUUGACAAACCCUCACCAGUGCCAGCUGCUCCUCAACAGACUCUGUCGGCAACAUUGGAUCCGCGUCUCGCGUCAAGACUUCCUGGCUGGGCGCCACCGACCUCGGAGAAGGACAUGAAGUCACGAGCUGAUAAUCUGGCCGACUCGUCUAGUUCUAGGAAGUCUUCUGCCGCCACCUUGGUGAUAUCAAGUCCCCAACAACCCCCUCUCAACUCGCCAGUACCAGGCCCGAACCUGUCGCAAGUUAUAAAGCCAACACGCCCUAGUCAUUUCGUCCCAGAAGAUACUCAUGCUCAACACGCCAUCCUACCGAGCCCGUCCGCCUCGCCGAACCUUGCCACAGCCCCCAUUCAAUUCAACAUCGCUACCGGUUCAAAUCAAGCACCUCUGGAUAAGCGCCCUCGUCUGUCGAUAAAUUCAGAUAUCCUUCAGGCUUGCGAUUAUAACAGAAUCCUCGCCCAAGACGCUAACCUCUGUCCCACCGACGACAGCACAUGGCUUCUGCACUUUAAAACCUUCAACGAUCUUCAGGCUUCACUUGGAAAGAUCACCAUCUUGCGCGAAAUCAGUAUACCUGUGCUUACCUAUGCGCUCGGCAAACCCUUCCAGGUCUUUGGCCUUGUCGAAAAGUCUUCGUUCAUUACGCCACAGGUCGAGAUCGACAUGAUCAAUACGAUAGCUCGUACCUUCCAUCCACGCACGUUCAUCAUGCGCAGACAGAAGAGACAGCAAUACAACGCGCGACUCAUGACCAAGUGGCUGAUCGUCUUCGAAGAGCCCCUUGACCGCGAAAACAUUACCUUGGAUAUGAAAAUCAAUGGUAUUCGCGAGACGUUGGAACUCUUUGGAAUGGACUGUUCGGAAGAGGUUAAGCAUUGCUGGGUCUGCUUGGGAAUUGGUCACCAUGCUCCUUCUUGUGCAAACUUUACGGAGGUAGUGAAGCUUCCGCAUAAUGAUCGCCAAUACCUUUGGAAAACGCCGCAGUUGAAGUGA